CCGCUCCCAUCCUGGAAUUGCUCUGUGGGGAACCCACGAGCCUCCCGGUCCCCGGCCGUCCCGCCGCCCGCCCGCCCAGGAGGGCUCCAAUUAGAACAGCUCGCUGGCCAUGGAGGCUGAAGAGACGAUGGAAUGCAUUCAAGAGUUUCCUGAACAUCAUAAAAUGAUUCUGGACCGAUUGAAUGAGCAGCGGGAGCAGGACCAGUUUACUGACAUCACUUUGAUAGUGGAUGGUCACCAUUUUAAAGCCCACAAGGCUGUACUGGCUGCUUGUAGUCAGUUCUUCUACAAAUUCUUUCAAGACUUUACUCAGGAACCUUUGGUGGAAAUAGAAGGUGUAAGUAACAUGGCUUUCCGUCAUUUAAUUGAAUUCACAUAUACAGCAAAAUUAAUGAUACAAGGUGAAGAAGAAGCAAAUGAUGUAUGGAAAGCAGCAGAAUUUCUUCAGAUGUUAGAAGCCAUCAAAGCACUCGAAGUUAGGAAUAAAGAAAAUUCCUUACCACUAGAGGAAAAUGCAACAACAGGAAAAAAUGAAGCAAAAAAGAGGAAAAUUGCUGAAACUUCCAACGUUAUCACUGAAUCGUUACCCUCUGCAGAAUCAGAGCCUGUGGAAAUUGAGGUGGAGAUUGCUGAAGGGACAAUUGAAGUAGAAGAAGGCCUAGAAACUCUAGAAGAAGUUGCUUCUGCAGAACAGUCUAUAAAAUACAUACAGAGUGCUGGUUCCUCUGAUGAUUCUGCUUUGGCUUUGUUGGCUGAUAUUACCAGCAAGUAUCGUCAGGGUGAUAGAAAGGGGCAGAUUCAAGAAGAAGAUGGCUGUGCAUCUGAUCCCACAAGCAAACAGGUAGAAGGUAUUGAAAUUGUGGAACUUCAGCUGUCACAUGUGAACAACUUGUUCCAUUGUGAAAAAUGUAACCGUUCAUUUAAAUUGUUUUACCAUUUUAAGGAACACAUGAAAUCACACUCCACUGAGAGUUUCAAGUGUGACAUAUGCAAUAAAAGGUAUCUUCGGGAAAGCGCGUGGAAACAGCACCUCACCUGUUACCACCUUGAGGAAGGUGGAGCCAGCAAGAAACAACGACCGGGAAAAAAAAUUCAUGUAUGUCAGUACUGUGACAAACAGUUUGAUCAUUUUGGGCAUUUUAAAGAACAUCUUCGCAAACAUACAGGUGAAAAGCCUUUUGAAUGUCCAAAUUGCCAUGAACGUUUUGCUAGGAAUAGUACACUCAAAUGUCAUCUGACUGCAUGCCAGUCUGGUGUGGGGGCUAAAAAAGGAAGAAAGAAGCUUUAUGAAUGUCAGGUCUGUAACAGUGUAUUUAACAGCUGGGACCAGUUCAAAGAUCACUUAGUGAUUCACACAGGAGAUAAACCCAACCAUUGUACCUUAUGUGACUUGUGGUUUAUGCAAGGAAAUGAACUAAGGAGACAUCUCAAGGAAAUACACAACAUUUCAGAACGAAUAGUGACAGAAGAGCUUCUUUCUGUAGAGACAGUGGAAACUGAACCUGUGACAUCGAUGACUAUUAUAGAACAAGUGGGGAAGGUGCAUGUAUUGCCACUGCUUCAGGUCCAGGUGGAUUCAGCCCAAGUAACUGUGGAACAGGUCCAUGCAGAUUUGUUAGAGGACAAUCAGGUGCAAGGAACACAGGUGGAGGAACUACCAGAACAGGUCCAAGUCAGUUAUUUAGAAGUGGGUCGAAUUCAUACGGAAGAAGGAACGGAAGUACAUGUAGAGGAGUUGCAUGUUGAGCGUGUAAAUCAAAUGCAGAUGGAAGUACAGAAUAACCUUCUAGAAGAAGCUGACCUAGAGCAAGGAGACCCUGAAAUCAUGGACCAGGGAGAAUUAGAAGAGAGUAAAGAGAGCCAAGCAGAUGCUGCUGAGGCCAAUAAGGAAGAUCACGAACAAGGUGAAGAUUUAAAGACUGAACCAAUGGUAGAUGGACAAACUUUAAAAACAGAAACCUAGGAUAGAAAAGCUGUGCCAGUUGUAGGAUGAAAUACCAAAUGAAUAUUUUUUUUUUAAUUUACAUUUUGGGUUUUUGAACUAAGGGCAGUGUGACUAUCCUUAGGAAAACAGACAGGUGGACCAAAGCUAGAAUUUUUCCUAUACUGCUGAACCGCUCAUAUUAUCCAGAACUGAAUUUUCUUCUUUUUUUCCUUUUCUUUUUUUUUUUUCUUUUUUUCUUUUUUUUUUUUCUUCACUAAAUGCCACAGAGGAAAAAAUUUUUUCCCAGAAAUGGGGUAGUUUUGAAAAGUUGAUUAGUGGAAACUUAAAUGGAUUGCAACUUAUUAUACUGUUUGGUAUGAAUGUAGCUACUUUCAUUGUGAUAAAAGUUCCCUCUUCCCAGGUCAUUGCCCUUCCUGAAACAUUUUGCAUAUUAUAAACUCACAUGUGAAAUCAUUAGAAUACAUAUACAUGUUCAUGUAUUCUAAUGCAUGUUAGAAUAUGUAGAAAACACAGGUUUGCAUGAACCAAACACAUUUGUCACUGUGCCGUAAAAUUUUAGCUUUUGGAUUUUACCUCCCACCCCAGUGUUCAGUGAGGCCAGCUCUGCGGCAGGGACAGAGAAAUGGUGUUCAAAGUUUCAGAAUGCAAAAAAAUAAUAAUAAAACCCACACCCAUGUGCCUUUUUCAAAACUGACUAAACUUCUAUAAAGCUUCUUUAGCUCUUUAAAGGUUUGUGUGGUAAAGAGCCGUGUAGAUAAUGCUAUAGUGCUUUAUAUUUUUGUGUAUAAUUGUCAGCUACCAAUUCUUUUUCAUUUAAGUUUGAUUUCAUACUGUGGCAGUUUUUUAAAGGGCCAUUUACAAUUGGGAGAUUUGGCUGCAUCUGUGGUAAAUUUUAUUUGGACAAAAAGUUGCACUAGUAUUUUACCACCAGAUGGAAAAAAGAUUAAAGAAAGGUGUCAUUUAAAAUUAAUGUAUUUAAAAGCAAGUACAGAGAAAAUAUGUAUAUAAUAUAUCAGGCUUUGGUUUUGAAAUGGAACCUUCCCCUCUCCCCUAUUCUUAAUGUAAAGAUCUUGUGCUAAAUCUUUUAAAGCCAUAUAUAUGAGUGCUAAACUGUGGAUUUAAAAGUAGGAGUGUAAAUAUUUUUAAUCAGUAUUACUUGGAAAAUAAAGUAUAACCAACCACACAAAAUAAACCGUGAUAUUAUUUCCUUGAUCUGUUGAACAAUUCAGGAGGUAUUUUAAUGUUUUAAAGUAAACUUUAAAAUAUUUUGUGCUUCUAAUUUUUAAUAGUUUACUUUGUGUGUAUGCAUGUAUCUGAUUCUGUGUUUUUUUUUUAAUGUACCCAGUACAUAAAGGGGUUAUGUUGGUGACUACAAAUACAAACCCAAAUAUGGAAUUCUAAGUAAGGAGCAAACCGAGCUCAAUAAAUCUUACUGUUUUUGUUUUAUUUUUAAAA